AUGGUUUCCCUCUCACAUCUGUUGGCUGUGCUAAUCUCCACAUAUCUCUUCCUCAUCUUCCUCCACAAAUGGCGCCGAAGUCAUUCUCCAGAGCCCCGGAAACGCCUGCCUCCGUCUCCACCAAAGCUCCCGCUAAUUGAGAACCUCCUCCAGCUAGGCUCAGCCCCCCACAGAUCCCUCUUGUCACUCUCCCGCCGUCACGGCCCCCUCAUGCUACUCCACUUUGGAAAAGUCCCCGUUCUUAUUGCCUCCUCGGCUGAGGCCGCGCGUGAGAUCAUGAAAAACCAGGACCUGAUCUUCUUAAACACGCCUCAACUCAGCAUCGCGAGCCGACUGUUCUACGACAGUCGGGAUGUGGUGUUCGCACCGUAUGGAGAGUACUGGCGGCAGAAUCGCAGCAUAUGUGUGCUUCAUCUUCUUAGCAGCAAAAGGGUUGAGUCCUAUCGCCGUGUAAGGGAGGAAGAGACUUCACUCAUGGUCGACAAGAUAAGAAGGUUGUGUGCUUCUUCAAAGCCCGUGAACUUGAGCGACGUCAUUUACGCUAUGACGAACGACGUGAUUUCUAGGGUGACUCUGGGAAAGAAGUAUGGUUCAGAGAGUGAUUUCAAGGAGACGUUUGCUGAGUUUGGGGAGCUGGUGGGGAUUUUACCUUUGUGGGAGUACAUUCCUUGCCUGAGAUGGAUGAGAAGGUUUGAUGGUUUGGAUAAGAGAGUAGAGAGAGCUGCUGAGAAGAUGGAUCGGUUUUUGGAGGUUGUGAUUGAAGAACAUAGAGUUAGGGAGAGGAGAGAGGGGGAUGGUGGUGAGUUGGAUUUUGUGGACAUAUUGCUUGAUUUUCAGAGAGAGAAUGCAAGUCUCACCCCUAUUGAAGAUGACACUAUCAAAGCUAUCGUUUUGGAUAUGUUUAGUGCUGGAACUGAUACUACAUUUACAGCUCUUGAGUGGGCGAUGACGGAGCUCAUACGAAAUCCAGAAGCCAUGAAAACUUUGCAAAAUGAAGUGAGAGAAGUAGCUGGAAGUAAGGAUGAAAUUGAUGAGCAAGACUUGGAGAAAAUGUCUUAUCUAAAAGCAGUGAUGAAGGAGAGUCUAAGGUUGCAUUCUCCGAUCCCAUUGUUGGUCCGUCGUGAAUCAACUCAAGACACAAUAGUAUUGGGCUAUGACGUCGCAUCUGGUACGCGUGUGAUGAUUAAUGUUUGGGCGAUUUCUAGAGAUUCUUCAUUGUGGAAAUAUCCUGAGGAAUUUUGCCCUGAGAGAUUCCUUGGAAUGGGCAUAGACUUUAGAGGUCUGCAUUUUGAGUUGACUCCGUUUGGGGCAGGCAGGAGGGGUUGCCCAGGUAUUACAUUCGCGGUGGCGGUGGAUGAGCUUGCCUUAGCCAAGUUGGUACACAAGUUCGAUUUUAGAUUGCCUAAUGGACUGAAAAUGAAGGAGUUAGAUGCAAGUGAAUCUAGUGGAGCCACGAUCCAUAAAAAGUGUCCUUUGAUUGUUGUAGCUACUCCACGUGUAUUUUAGGUAAAAAAUCAGACUGGAUCAAUCGGUUCAAUCGUGAAUUGACAUGUUGCCGUCCGAUUUAGACUCGAAGAAUGCCUAAUAACCAACUUGUACAAGAAAAACUGGUAUUGCAAUUAUACUAUAAUAUCCUUGUUUUUUUAUGUAUACUGUAACGCCCCG